UUUUAAAGGUCUAGUUUAUUUUGUAUUCGUUGAAUGAACAGUUCCAAGAAUUUCUUGCAUUUUGGAAAACAAAGCGGUUAGAGAUAUUGCAUUGACAUUUAUUAUAGCUCCUAAGUUUCGGUUUUCCUAAUCACAAUAGAGAAUAAUGCAGAAGAAAGGAGAUCAUCUUUUGGUGGCUGCUAUAGACUUUGGUACAACUUAUUCCGGUUAUGCAUUUUCAAUGAGACAUGAAUUUAAAACAGAUCCUCUUAAAAUACAUGCAAAUCAAGCUUGGAAUUCUGGUGGAAGGGCUCUUUUGUCCCUUAAAACGCCAACAUGCCUACUGUUGAACAACAAAAAGGAGCUGGACUCAUUUGGAUAUGAGGCUGAAAACAAGUAUGCUGACAUUGUGAUGGAUGAUGAACAGGACAACUACUACUACUUUCAACGCUUUAAAAUGAAUUUACACAAUAACACGAAAAUUAAAAGUCACAUGGUUCUGGAAGAUAUUAGUGGAAAAUCUGUGCCUGCCAUAGAUGUGUUUGGUUUGUCAAUAAAAGCACUUGUAACUCAUCUCACAGAUAUAUUAGACAAACAAGGAACUGGAAUGGAUAAGUCAGAAAUACAAUGGGUACUUACUGUGCCUGCAAUUUGGACUGAUGCUGCUAAGCAGUUUAUGCGAAAAAGCGCUGCUAAUGCAGGAAUACCAGAAGAUUGUCUGAAAAUUGCACUUGAACCCGAAGCUGCGUCCAUUUUCUGCCAGUAUAUUCCCACAAAGAAACUACAUGGAGCUGAUGAUGGUUUUACAAUGACCGAACCGGGUUCAAAAUAUAUGGUAGUUGACUUAGGAGGAGGUACUGCUGAUAUAACUGUCCAUGAAAAACUGGCAAAUGGCCAGCUGAAAGAAUUAUGUAGAGCUGCUGGAAAUGAUUGUGGGGGUACCUCAGUCGAUGGGCGGUUCUUUCAGAUGCUUGUAAAAAUUUUUGGAGGUCCAUUAAUGAAAAAGGUAAAAGAUAAAGACCCAUCUGCUUAUCUGGAUCUUUUCCGAGAAUUUGAAACCGUGAAAAGAACAAUUACACCUGAAAGGGAUUCAAAAGUAAACAUAACUAUACCGUUUGCUUCCCUUGAUGCGCAAUGUAAAACUGUUCUUGGAGAAAAUCUUGUUGAUGUACUUGGUUCGUCACCAUACAGCAACCAGUUAACCGUUCGCGGGGACAAGAUGCGAGUUGAAGCCGAUCUAAUGAGGUCUCUAUUUCAACCCACAAUUGAAAGCAUCAUUUCGCUGAUGAAAGAAAUUUUGCGAAAUAAAACAGCUUCCGAUGUUUCUCAGUUACUACUUGUUGGUGGAUUUUCAGAAUGUAUGCUAAUACAGGAUGCUGUUAAGCGGAACUUUAAGAACAAGAGGGUUAUCAUUCCAGAAGAGGCGGGUCUAUCUGUUUUGAAAGGGGCCGUACUAUUCGGACAUAGACCAGAAUAUAUUCGGUCACGAAUAAUGCGGCUUUCCUAUGGUGUAGGAACUCGCUGUAUUUUCGACUCAAAUAUUCAUGACAAAAAAUAUCUUAUAGAAAACGAAAACCCACCUAAAUGCACCAACAUUUUCGGCCAAAUUGUUGAGAAAGACCAAGAAGUAUCAUUAGGUGAGAAAUUUACCACAAGUCAUUUGACUGUCCUUCCUAUGCAAAAAGAAAUGCCAUUGCAAAUAUACGUAUCUACAGACAAAUCGCCAAUGUAUAUCGAUGAAAGUAGCUGCACCUUUCUUGGAUCAGCAACAAUAAAGUUUCCUAAUCCAACUAAAGAUACAAGGGAGGUCAAUGUUGAAUACAUAUUUGGAAAUACUGAAAUUGGCAUGACAGCGGUGGAUGAAAAGACUGGGACAAAAAUAAUCGCGUCAUUCGAUUUAAUCUGACAUUUAUUUAUUUUCAUUCACACUUAUGUAUGAUCAUAUUCCACCGGUAGCCAAGAAUGUCAUAGCAAAAUGAUAUAACAGGACUUCUAUUAGUUUAUGUUUUAUAAUAAUAUCAUUUAGCAUUUGUCAUUCCUAAUAAAGUUUGUCUUUUU